CCUCCGAUCGGCUCUCCGAGAGCCGACAUCGAUCCCCGGGAUCCGCUCGCCAUCGCUCGGUCCCCAUCUCAGAGAAUUCGACGAACUCGACGUUCUGGGCAGUCGCAGUUUGAGCAUCGCAUCGACAGAGAAGCAGCAUGGUUUACCAUUCAAGUUUUUUGGACGAGGAAGGGAUUACUAAGGCAUGUGGGUGUCCUUUGCUUCCCUUAAAAAGCCAUAUAAAGGGUCCAGCUCCAACUUCUGAGCAACAUAGAACCGAUAUUGUUGAUGAAGCAAUCACAUUCUUCCGGGCCAAUGUCUUCUUUAGGAACUUCGAUAUAAAGAGUGCUGCGGAUAAGCUCCUUAUUUAUUUGACAUUCUACAUCAACGUGGCACUAAAGAGGCUAGAGGGCUGCAGAACUUUGGCUGAAGGGACCAAAGCUAUCAUUAACUUGGGUCUGGAGAAGGUCCCCGUGCCUGGAGAAUCUGGGUUCCCCUUUCCAGGCCUUUUUCCCUUGCCUCAGUCUCCACAGGAAGCAGAGCUGUUCAGGAAUUAUCUGAAGCAGAUAAGAGAAGAAACAAGCGGAAGGCUGCUGAGCGUUGCAUAUAGACCUAAUGGGACUCCAAACAAGUGGUGGUUAGCAUUUGCAAAGAGGAAAUUCAUGAACAUCAUCGUACCUUGAUCUGUGACAACGUUUGCUCGGAUAGUAGUGUUCUCAAGAACAAAUAAACCGGUCAAAUUCCACAAUACGUUUAGCUUUUCGUUGUUUCUCGGUGGUUCUUCAUUUCAAUGCUUGAAUUGUACGUGGCAUCGACGUGUUUCAUAUUGGAGCAGUUCUUCCUGAGUUGGGAAUUUCUCCCCAUGAAUGUAUAUGGCAGAUUUGGCUGGGUCAAGGGUUGCUGCUGGUAGAGGCCCCAAUUUGUAUCUGUCUGUCAUAAGUUGCUAACUUGAGAAAUACGUUUAUGUAAUAUCAAGCUCUUCGUUUAA